GCCCUAAACCCUCUGUCAGUGACUGUGUCUCAGUUCUGUAACCAUGGGUUUCUUCGACCUGAACAUACCGUACCUCGAUUCUUCACAAUCCCACAAAACCACGCGCACAAAGCUCGUAGUCAAAGCCAUGGAGCUGGGCUACACUGGGAUCGCUUACAACCGUACGAUCAAAGGCGUAAUGUCCGAUCACGACCGUUGCUCCAUCUCUCCCCUCACUCUCUCCUCUCUCCUCAACCUCGUACCUUCUCUCUCUCUCUCCGUCAACCUCCACCGCGACCUCCUCGGCGUCCCACGCGCCACCCCUUUCCGCCAGUACACGCGUCUCACUGUUGUCGCCGAAAAUCACUCCCAGAGCUUAGCUCUCAACUCCGGUAACCCUGUUUUGAAAACCUACGACUUGGUCGCUGUCAAGCCCAUGGACCAGACCGUGUUCGAUGAUGCUUGUGAUAAAUCCGAGGUAGAUAUAAUUGCGAUUGAUUUUUCGGAGAGGUUGCCUUUUCGAUUGAAGCAGGCUAAGGUUAAAGCUGCCAUUGAGCGUGGAGUUUAUUUUGAGAUCACGUAUUCGGAUCUUAUCGUGGAUGUACAAACAAGGAGGCAAAUGAUAUCCAAUGCUAAGUUGCUGGUGGAUUGGACUCGAGGAAAAAAUCUCAUUUUCUCAAGUGCUGCCCCUUCUGUAAAUGAACUUAGAGGGCCGUAUGAUGUUGCAAAUUUGUCAUCAUUGCUUGGGCUCUCUAUGGAACGAGCUAAAGCGGCUAUUUCCAAAAAUUGUAGGACUCUUAUAGCCAAUGCUUUAAGGAAAAAACAAUUUUUCAAGGAUGCAAUUAGAGUCGAAGCAAUACCUUCAGGUGUACAAUUAGAUUUCAACAAAACUUUGGCUAGCGAUUGGUUUAAAUGGGAUCCCAUCUCUAGUGGUGAAGGUGAUUUGCUAUUAGAGGACAUGGUGAAGUCUUUUUCUGCCUCCAGUAAAGUAUCAAAAACCAUUAAAGCCAUUGAUUUUGCUUCAGUUAUUGAGAGCAUGCCAUCACAUGGUUUUCAAGUAAAGCCUUUGAUAUCUCAAACUGAGGCUGUGCCCCAACCUCCAGAUAAUGGAACAAUCUCUUUGUCUGCUCCUGAAAUAGUUGAGGUACCUGCCACAGCUAGUGGACAACCUGAACAGCUUGGCAGUCUUGAUCUUCCAAAAUCAGAUCAAAAUUUAGCGUAUGAUACUGCAUUAAUACAUCAAGCCUCUGGCUGUGAAAAUUCUCAAAACUUAUACCCACCAGGUGAUACUGCAAAAGCUUUGACAAACUCUGAGGAAAUUAAAACCCCUACAACCACCAACAAAGUAGAAAAGGAUAAUACAAAUGGGUCAGAUGUUAAUCUUCCCUUGGAUGUAGCAGAAAAGCAUGAUUUGAAAUUACAAAAAUGUUUCUCUAGUUGUGAAUCACAAAUUGCUCUACCAAAUGAAAAUGUAAUAUUUCAUGCAUUGACUCGCAACUUGGAGUUAGAUGUUCCUUGUGAUGUUGAUGCUAAACGAGAAAUUUUGACACUGACCGAGGAUGUUGGUCUUCCUGCUACUACAAAUGAAGAGCCUAAGAAUACAAAAAGUUUGGAUGUAGUAUUAGGUAUUUCAAUGGAGGUAGAUACGACAAAUCAAGAAAACACAUGUUUGGCCUUAAAUGGUCCGCCUUUGCCAGAGCAUUUUUUGGAGGGAGAACAAAUUAGGGAGCCAGGGAAUGAGGUGGCUAUUCUUGCUGAUCCCAUUCCUAUUCCAGAGUCUCAAAUUGAGAUGACAAUUGUAGAUGAUUCCCCAGUUGCAAAUCAUGAGUCAACAGAGGUCACAAUGGAAGAGCAAAGGCAUGGAGAAGCGGAUACCUGUGUUCACGAUCCAACCAGCAGUCAAUCUAUAUCAGGGAAAUCAAGGCCAAAACGGAGAAUAUCUCACCGAGCAGCUUUAUUUCCUUUCAAGCGUUUGUUGACUCCUGUAACUUUCAAGAAAAGAACUAACAAAAUGAAAAGCAGGGUUCAGAUGCCGUAACUGUGCAAUGAUUUUUUUAUUUCUCUAAUUAUAAUUGUUGAUCGGCAGGCAUGUGUAAAAUAGUUGAGUGUUGUUUGGUACCAAUGUUUUCUAGCCAUCAUUCUUAACCAUUCAUGCUAAUGUUGGUAAAUUCUGUCAACAACCUUUUAUUGAUAUCCAAUUUUUGAUACUGGAAACAAUUUUGGGCAUGAUUAGAAAGCAGAUGAAAGUAGUGAAAUUUCUCCAAAAUAUGCCAUUGUUCUGGAUUCAGUUAA